AUGGAGACAGACACACGAAGUGGUUAUUGUGUUGUGAGACUUAUGGAUCACAUCACAAUAAAGGUGGAUCUUCUUCCAUGCGCUGGGGAGAGGAAAGUAUCAAUGAACUCAUUCCCUUUGAUUCCCAUACUCCAACCGUCACCUCAAACUUUUCACCGUCUGAAACGCAUUUUCUCAAUCGCUUCUCAAGGGCUGACUCUCAGGUCACGCUGUGAUUCUCUUCUCUCCUCUUGCUGUUUCUCCAGUUGGAUCUGCAGUUCCAUUCUCAAUUUUGUGUUUGACCUUUUGGAUUUGAAUUUUAACUAG